UGCAGGAAGCAGGAAGCUGUAGCUGCUGAGUCCAAGGCAGAAGCCCAGGGACAGAGGGAUGGAGUCUGUAGCCCUGUACAGCUUUCACGCCACCGAGAGUGACGAGCUGGCCUUCAACAAGGGGGACACGCUCAAGAUCCUGAACAUGGAGGAUGACCAGAACUGGUACAAGGCCGAGCUCCGAGGAGCCGAGGGUUUUGUUCCCAAGAACUACAUCCGUGUAAAGCCACACCCGUGGUACUCGGGCAGGAUUUCUAGGCAGCUGGCUGAAGAAACUCUGAUGAAGCGCAACCACCUAGGAGCCUUCCUGAUCCGGGAGAGCGAGAGUUCCCCUGGCGAGUUCUCAGUCUCUGUGAAUUAUGGCGACCAGGUGCAGCACUUCAAGGUGCUUCGAGAGGCCUCAGGGAAGUACUUCCUGUGGGAAGAGAAGUUCAACUCCCUCAACGAGCUGGUCGACUUCUACAGAACCACCACCAUUGCCAAGAGGCGGCAGGUCUUUCUGUGUGACGAGCAGCCAGUGCUCAAGCCGCCCCGGGCCUGCUUUGCCCAGGCCCAGUUUGACUUCUCGGCACAGGACCCAUCUCAGCUUAGCCUCCGCCGAGGUGACAUCGUGGAAGUCGUGGAGUGUGAUGACCCGCACUGGUGGCGGGGCAGGGCCGGCGGGCGCCUGGGCUUCUUCCCACGUAGCUACGUGCAGCCGGUACACCUGUGACCCCACAAGACCAGAGGAGCGAUGCUCCGGGCGCAGCUUCUUCACACUAACUGGGACCGACGUCGGUCACCUCU